CGAGUAACAUCGUUGGAGAAAUGUUGAUGAUCCACACUACCCAAACUUAUUAGGGUGACCAGCGCCAUACUGACUGGGGUGGAGACUGCAUCCUAUCAAGGUCUCAUGGAACACCCACCUGGGCUCAGUUCCCACACAGAGAAGCUCUAGUCAGAGCAGACAGCUACUCCUGAGAGAGACCCCAAACAAGACCCCACACAAGAUACGUCCUGAUCACUGCAGAGCAGACGGUGCACUGAGGGCUCCUGAUCAACUCCAGAAGCUGCUAAAGGGAACUGCCACCAGGUCACUACGAAGGCCUGCUCCCCCACUCCCCUGGGACCAUGGCUAAGAACCUGCUAGCAGCGACCACCUGUCCAAUUUGCCUGGGAUAUUUCUCAUGUCCCGUCUCUCUCUCCUGUGGACAUGUCUUCUGCUUAGAUUGCCUUCGAGUCUGGGUGUCAGGAAGAGAGGAUUUUGUGCUGGUUUGCCCCACAUGUCGCUCAGUCAGCGAGAGAGUACCUAUGGAAGAGUGGCAAAUCAGAAACCUGACCUUGCUAACCAGGCAUCAUGCUGGUCUCCUGGAGCAGAGUCUGCUCCUUAGUGAGGAGGUUCUGAGGUUCCAGGAGGACGAGGUCCUGGACACAGCUACCGCACACUCCCUCCUUGAGCUCUCCAGCGACCUGAGGAGCGUUGAAUGUGGGAAGACCUGCCACAACCUGCUGGAAGACCCCAGUAGUUUCCCUCACCUGGUCUGCAUCCAGGGAAACACCUGCUUCUCCUGGGGCCGCCAUUACUGGGAGGUUGAAGUAGGAGAAGCCAAGGAGUGGUCCCUGGGUGUCUGGCAAGUGUCAGCUGACACAAAGAGAAAUGGUGAUUUAACCUCCGACCACGGUUUCUGGAUCAUCUUUGUAGAGGGAGGACUCAUUCACCCCAGCACCAACACAGAAGUAAUCGUUCCUGCAAGCCCUAGUCUUCACCGCGUAGGAGUUUUCCUGGAUGUGGAUUUGGGAGAGAUCAAGUUUUUUGAUGUUGGAAAUAAAGCUCUCAUCUACAUGCACAGGUUCCUCUCCACCGUGGAGCCUUUUCAUCCGUUCUUCUGUUUUGUACCUUUUUAAUGUGCCACUGGUGCCCCCCUGAGCAUCUGCCUAGAACGUUCAGCCCAUCUGCAAGAUCUCAAGUGAAAAAGACCUUUGGCCCUUGGUCAGGAUGACCAGGAAGACACAAUGUUAGCAUAUACUGUCAACAUUUGAUAGACAGUUUAUAGAUUGUAGAUUCUUGUGGUGGAAUAAUUGCAUAGCAUUUUUGAACAAGGCGGUAGAUAUGCAACUAACUGACGUCUGUAUUUUGAGUAGAUUUCCUCACUAAAAUGGCUAUGUAGUCUUAGGGGACACUAGGCACUGGGACCUAUGUUUGCUCGUCUCUGAAUGGGAGUAAGGAUCUCUAAGAGCCAAAACGUUGUGACAAUGGCGAGACAACACCGUACACUUGUUUCUUAGUAGAUAGAGACAGAGAAUAUUAGUUUUAAGUUGAUUGUACAUUUAUGGGUAGACAUGUUUUUCCAUGAAUGUAUUCUCUUUUCUGCACAAUUCCCAAAAAUGAUAGUUGUCAGGAGAUAACGUAUGAAGCUUCCCAUUUGUAAUUCUCAAAACACAGCUGCACAAGGAUUCCUGAAAGAUGAAAACUGUGACUAAGUUAUAUUGGUGCUGACUCAUGCUUAUUCUCCUGGAGUUGCCCUGGGCCCCCUUCAAUGAAUAACUUAGUGUGUUGUUGUCAAAGGUCACUGAAGUGGCCGGCUCUGUGGCACAGCAUGUAAAGCCUCCGUGAGCAGUGCAGACAUCCCAUGUGGGUGCUGGUUCAAGUCCUGGCUGCUAGUCCUGGGAAAGCAGUAGAAGAUGGCCCAAUUUCUUGGUCUUCUUCACCCACGUGGGAUACCUGGAAGAAGCUUCUGCCUCCUGGCUUUGGAUCAGCACAGCUCUGGCUUUGGCAUCCAAUUGGGGAGAGAACCAGCGGAUGGAAGCCCUCUCUCACUAUCUCUCUCUCUCUAUGACUCUCUCUUUCUAUGCCUCUCCUCCUUUCUCUGUGCAACUCUGGUUUUUUA